CCACCAGAGCAGCAUCGAACAACAAAUGAGCAUCUCGGUGUACUACAGCAGGUGUUUUCGGCUAACAUUUACCGUCAAAAAAAGACGCUUUACAGCCUAAAAUAGCGACGAAGUGCAGUAAACAAUACUGUGCUUAAUUUAUGCAAAGGGAAAUAACUCAUCAAUCAGUGAGUGUGGUUGACUUGCAACACAUGAGUGGCCAAUGUGUGUUCGCCAGAAACAUCACCAACAAUCAUUAUGAAUUUUACUCCCUUCGGUGGCCCAUUUCCUGGGUCCUUGCCUGUUCAUCAAUUUCCUGCCAAGUUCAAUCAUGAUGGCACAACAAGUACUACCAAUACAACACCUACUCAUACUGUGACCCAAAACGACAUGUCUAGUGCUCCGAGGUAUCAUUCUAGCCCUGGACCAACACAUUUUUCUAAUCAGCAUCAUUCACCUGUCAGUGUGCCCGUUAAUGUGAAGUAUUCUAGACCAGAAGCACCCACAAGCGACAGCAACAACGGAUCUGUUACCCAGACAUCCAUGAUGAAUCAAGUUGCCAACUCAACCAAAUAUACUAAUGUCCACUACACUGUAAACGUACCUGUCAGCUAUGCUCAGCAGACUCAACAGCAGUCUCAACCAUCUGCAACAUCACCAUCUUUACAAGACAGAGAGGCUGCUGAAACAGAAGCUCAAGAGCAACAGCAGCAGCAACUACAACAGCAACAACAACAGCAGCAGCAGCAGCAACAACAACAGCAGCAGCAGCAACAACAACAACAGCAGCAACAACAACAGCAGCAGCAACAACAGCAGCAGCAACAACAACAGCAGCAACAGCAGGAGCAACAACAACAGCAACAACAGGCUGAAACGGGUGAAACAGGAGAAGUGUUCAAUGGCACUGGAACUGUUGUGGGGCACCACCUUCAUCAUCAUGGAACACAGACAACAAUGCCUGCAUCUUGGCAGUCGCUAGCUACUCCAGGUUCAACUGUUGCAGACUACCUCUCUCACCUUCCGGCAUCAACUCUUCCUAUUAGCCUCCAUCAUUUUCUUAAAUAUUCAGCUGAGUCUAUUAAAAAGGAGUCAGAAGGAAAUCCAGCUCCACCCACUACUGCAUCACCUGUGCAAGCAGUAGCUGCUCCCACCAGUGUUAUCAAUAUGAAUGCCCACCAUCCCAACAAUGGUGUAAUGUCACCAAAUGGCCAUGACCAGCAAGUUCAACAGCUUCAGACUGUGCAGCAGAUUCAGGUGCAGGUCCAGCAUGAGCAGCAUGAGCAGCUCGAGCAGCAUGAGCAGCACCAUGAACAGCAGCCGGGACAAGUAGUCAUCAUCAACCCUGCCUUAAAGAAGAAGAAAAAGAAGAAAGCCAAAGAGAAGAAACCGAGACCAAAGCCAGGAGAAAUCAGACUUACCACUGCCUUGGAUGGAUCUACCUUGUAUUGCUGCCCUGAGUGCCACAUGGCAUAUCCUGAGAAAGAACUGCUUGAACAGCAUCUUUUAGGUCAUACACUGGAACGCAGAUUUGUCUGCAACAUUUGUGGAGCUGGGCUUAAACGCAAGGACCACCUGACUCGCCACAAGCAGAGUCAUAAUCCCGAAAGACCAUUUGUUUGCUCUGUCUGCCUGAAGGCUUUUAAAAGGAAGGAACAACUGACCCUUCAUUUUGUGAUUCAUUCUGGUGAAAAACGGCAUGUUUGCACUGAAUGUGGUAAGGGUUUUUACCGAAAGGAUCACCUACGUAAGCACACUCGAAGUCACAUUGCAAGAAGGGUCAAAGCAGAAAUGAGCCAGAACAAUCCUCCAGCAGCAGCAGCUCCUGGUUUAGUGCUGACACUUCAGCAUUCAGGUCCUCAACAUGUUCAAACUGAACAUCAACAGCAGCAGCAGCAGCAACAACAACAAAUGAUAUCGUAACUUGGUGAUGGUGAACUUGUUGCCUUCACUCAUCAUCCCAUUUCAAACAAAAUGUUUCUAUUUGGUGUUUUCUUUCAUAACAAUGUUUCAUAGUAGUGAGAAAUUCUAUGCUGAUUGUGGCAUAUAUAUUAUUUAUUGUUUAGGUUGUUUUGUUUGUUUUAUACCUGAGCAGCUGGGCCAUUUUCUGCCAGUAUUCCACAGAACACUUGUUGUUUCCUUUUGUUACCAAUGCUGCUGCUCUUUCGUUCCUUGGAGCACAAUGUAACAUUGUUCAACUUGGAAUGUGGGUUCAUCAAUGAUCUCAUAGACUUCCAUCUGGGUGCUCUGUAGGCAUUGAUAGCAGCAUUAUUGCUUGUUUUACCAUGAGAUGCUUAGCAGUUCAUUUUACCUAUAAUAUAUUGUUGGUAAGCCUCAGCGCUGAAGUUUUUGGAUGGUGUUAUCCUAUGUGGAUUAUCUUUUCUGGAUUUUGCAGUGCUUAUACUCGAGAAGCUUAUCGUGAUAACUGAAUGAAAUGCUGAUUUUAAGGUUUUCCAUUUAAAUGGAUGCUGUUGUAAUGUUAAGGCACGGACAGAAGGGCAGUGCUUAUUUUGGGACAGACGUCUAGUGUAGGAAGGGUUGGAUACCUUAGCCCUCUCUUCUAGCGAGGACCCCAAUCUCUAGAAUGCCCAUCUAGACAUCCCUACAUACCCUGGAGGUCCUGGAGGUUUUUCAGAAGCAAGCCUGGCUAACUUGUUAAAUCUAAUUCAUACACUUGAAUUGGUUACCCAAUUGCCAAGGAGUUGUGAUGAUUUCAAUUUAGUGUUCACAGUAGAUCUUGGAGGCAGUCUUCCAAAGACAGUACUUGUGUGAAGUAAUUUUUCAGGAGGUGAAUUUUGAAAUGAAGUGUCACGUCUUCAUACAUAUGUAUGUGCUUACAUAUAUAAAUUUGUAGAUUAGUAUGAACCAGAUGCUUCCAAUGCUGACUUUUAUGCUACUCACUUAAAUUUGAAAUCACAGUAUACACUGGGGUUUGAAUCUCAGGAAUAAAUGAGCUAGGGAUUCAUGCAACACUCUGACAAGAUAUGUUCAUGUAUCUACUCAUUUAGCUAUUGUGUAAAUGUUGCCAUUGAAGUGUGUUGUGUGUCUAGAUUAUCCUUUUUUUUUGUGCUAGGAUGAAUUGCAAUUUUAUGUUGCAAGCUGUUUCAUCCAGAUAUCAUGAUGAGGUUCAGUGGCUCUCAUUGUUGUUGUUUGUUUUCUUUUUCUUUUGUAAACCAUGACAUAGGAAUCAGACUGUUUUCAAGUCUUAUUAUCAUUAUUCUGAGCUACAAAAUUCACUCUAGCUCUCUUCCCCUCCCUUGUCUUUCUAUUUUCCUUAACUUAUGCCAUUUAAAAUAUUUUUUUGUCUGAAACUCCUGUUGAAGGUAGAAUAAUGAAUACCUUACUCCUUGUGAAUGUGACAGUACUCUUAUAUUAUAGCAAGUUGCUGAGGCUAGAAAGUAUUAAAUGUGAAUUCAUCGAUUGUUUUUUAAGUAGGUAAUGUAGUGCAAAAUGCUAUUGAAGACAGCUUUUUUUAAAGAUAGUAGUGUGAUUUUUUUUCAUUUGUAUCUUUUAUAUGUACAAUUACUGUAUCAAAUUAUGUUAUAGAAUCUACCUUUCUUGUUUCGUUUUGACAAUGAUAAUUAAUGUACAUAUGGAACUGUUGACUUGUCUUUUGAAAGGGAAUGAAAAAUUUGUUUUGACCAGCCGUAAGGGUUGAAUCAUCAUCAAGGUCGAGUGGUUUUUUUUUUAUAAAUCAAAUCCUCAAAGGAAGAUCAGAAAGAUUUGUAAAAUCUCCCUACUUAUUGCAUCCAACUGUGGUUGAAUACCUUCAGUAAGGUCUGUUUGCCACCAGAUUUUGAUUUUGGACACAGAUGUGCACCUACCUUUUCCAGUAUCCAAGAGGGCAUAGUAGUGGUCCUUGUGUUGUGUGUAGUCUCACUUUCUCCUGAAGAUGAUCAUUAAAUUUUAUAUGUGACUUAAUCAGCUAUGUAAACUCUCUUCAGAUGUUAGAGAUUGACAACCUGCGGAAUUCUUGGAACAGCUGUAGUCCCUCUCUCCUCCCUUUAAGAAGUAAUGACGUGUAGAAUGCCUCUCUUGAGAAGUAUACCCAUUAGGCUUUUAUUUUUGUGCCAUGCCAUGAAGUUUUUCAAUAAUCAUCUAUUUUUGGAACAUCAAGUGCAAGAUCUUUGUGUAGAUUUCUGUUGCUGGAAUCGGAAUCUAAUUUUACUAAGGUUCAGUCUGCUAUUCUUCAUGCCAGAUCCAAGCCAAAGCUUCACACAAAUUUUGUAAAGACAUACAGUAGUUUGUUUUUCUUUCUAGCAUCAUUGUGUGUGUGUUGAUUUGGGUGUGCUUUUGUAUGGCUCCUAUAUUUUAUAGCAUCCCUAAUAAGAGCGUGCUUUGGAAUAGUCUGCAUAGUUAGCUGUGACCGUAAUGUAUUCUCAAAGCUGCAUUUUAUUUUCUGAGGUUUGGUUCAAAUGAAUCUCAGACUGAGCAGCAGUAGUCUACACUGCUUAGACUUGCAUGCCAUAAUCCUCAGGAAUCCCUGUAGCAUAGUAUUAAGUGAAUAAGAUCAAACUCAAUAGUACCUUCCUACCUAAGGCUUCUUUGCUAUCCUUUUUUGUGUGAGUACUUGGGUAUACUCUUUGAGUCAUUUCAGUCAUUUUUGUUUACUUUUGUGAUGUGUGUGAUACAUCAUUUACUCAGUACAGCCUUUGAGGCUAAUACAAUCUCACGCGUUCAUAUUGUUUUUGCAAUAAACCGUAUCAAGUGACACGUAGCUAUGUUGAUCGAAGUCGCCACCAAAAUCAAUAGGUAAUCUAGACUUGAUAACAUAAUUUACACACUAUGUGUGUUGGGUGAUCAGUUGCGGAGUCCAUGGAACUGAUUAUUGGCUAAAAUGUAUCUUUGACCUUAGAAUGUAAACUUUAGACUGAAUGUAAGUUUAGGUGUAGGUAUACAGUGCACUAUAAAGGUUCAAAAAUCUUAUCUUUAAAGAACCUAUCCUGGAUGAAUCAUAGGUUUGUUUUCACAUUGAUUGCAAAAUUUUGUGACCUGAUAGUUGUGAGGAGGGAUCUCUGAACAAAGUAGUAUAUUAUCAUAGUCAUUAAGGAAGCUCAAUCCUUGGAUCAUCUUCAUUUUGGUAUAAUGCAUGAAGAAUGACAAUUUGGGCAUGACAAUACAUUUUGUUGGACACAGGCAAUAUGUGAGACAGCCAACAUGUGGCCUGGGUCUACACAACAAUGGUAACAGUUCAUUGAGCUUUAAUAUGUAGCAUCAUCAAUUUUGUCUUGCCUUAUAAUUUUGUCAUUCACAAUCUAGAUCUCAAAGUCCAAAGAAAGUGAAGGAUGUACAGUUCAUAUCUCUUGGUUUUAAAAAAUGUUGGGCCUUCCAAAGUAUUGUAAUCCAUUCUUUGGACAUUUAACUCUCAUACAGACUUCUUUACACAGCAGUUCGUUUGUAGGAAUUUGACUCGGUUUUAUGAUGAUAACUUAUCUUAUCUCUUGACUUCAGUAAUGUAGGAAACAUAAGACAUUCAUCUGAAAGAAAGAAGUGUAAUACAAAAUUAGAUAAUGCUUAGUUUGUCUAAGAAGGUUUCCUGCAUGCUUUUUAUCACCCAGUGAAAAAGAUUUCAGUAUUAGUGUUUUCAUUGGUACAUCUUGAUGCUAUAAUCAGUCUUCUGACUCAAUUUGGUUGUGUUAUGUUUCUGGAAGUCGCUAUUGACAUCACAACUGAAGCUAAUAGAACCUCAACAAAAUUAAAUCCAUGCUUCCUCUUUUCUCUUUUUUUUAAACUUUUUUUUCUUUCUUAUUUUAUGUAGAAAUUGUUAAAUCAAUUUAGAGUUUUUAUUUGGUUGUGAAUACUAGAGUCAUUUAAGUUUUUUUCCUUCCCUCUUUCUUUCUAUGUUUGUGGGGGGCUCACAAUUGAAGUUGCCUGGUGCCAUGUUCAUAGUUCAAUGUAUAUUUUAUUUGCAGCUAUUUCAGAUACCUCAAUACACAAGUUUGACUUGAGAUUUAAGUGUAUUACCAUUAGAGUGCAAUCACAUUUAUAAUGUUAGAUUUCUCAUUUAAGUUUUUAAUUUUGGUUGUGGUAUCACAUAACUGCUGAAAUUUGUCAUGUGACACCACAUCUUGUGUUUGGGAAGCUUUGCUCAAGUAUUCCAGAACCAAAAGCUUGUGUACUUAUCGUUCUUUUACUAUUGUCUGGCGUCCUUGGUCCUUAAGAAAUCUGUUUUGUUUAUUCCUGCCAAUCACUUAGUUUUUCCAUUGUCAGAUGAGGCAGUUUUGUGGGAUGCUCUGUGUAGUUUAACUGUAAUUUGUCUAAAUUUUACACAUAUUUUGGUAUUGGAAUGAACUUAGCAUGUUACCAUAAACAUUUCAGUUGGCUUGCUUGUUUGUUCGUUUGUUUGCAACUAAAUCAUGGCAUUUUGGCUGUACUAUCAUCAUGAUCAUCCAGUAUUAAUUAAUUCUACCAGAGUAUUUAUUCACACCAUGUGUAAAUGACUUUUUUCUUCUUUUUUAUUCCAAGACUGGGAUUUGAGAGAUUUAUGUGCCUUUGAAUAUUCUGCAUCGUUUCUUUGUUUGGUACUGUAUCCACUUAUGAGCUGUUUGAUUUGUAUUAAGAAGUGGGAAAUCUAUUGUCUUCAAGAUAGAUCAACUAGUUGCAGCUUUGGCUUCACAUUCUCUUUUUCUCUUUGUGAGUGACCACCGGGUAUCAAGGCAUGGUUGGAUUAUUUAAUACAUAUUUAACAUCAACCCUUCGAAGUGAGAUUUUUUUUGUACAGUUCCAGUAUUUUUGUGGACAAUAAUUUUUAGAAACUUAGUACUUCUCUAGAUUGGUGAUGUCCCAAGCAAUAUUUAGAAAUGUUUGCAAUAUUUGUUCUCAAAUCUGGCCUUCCAAUGUUCUAUAAGUAAGCCAUUCAUUUUAGGUCUUGUGAAGUUAAUAUGUAUUGAACUGUCUGAACUGUACUGAUACCUACACUCAUCCUAUCAAAAUAAAGUGGGCAAUGCAUGUUGUAUGUAGAUUCUUCCUUAGUAAACUUUAAUAGUGUAUGACUUAGACUGCUUAACACAAGUCAGACACUUUGCCAUUGCUUUCAAUGAGUCAAGUCUGGGUUUUCAUUCUUGAAUGUAAUAGGGCGGUUUGUUCUGAAAUUUAAUAUAUUUUUGACCAAAUUGCUUCACUUGGGAUCCGGGAGUACACCCAGCUAAAUUAGAAAGUAUUGCCACUCAAUAAAUGUUCUUGUUCUAGUCAGGCAGUGAUAAGACAAUCGUUGCAACAAAUGCUCUACCUUCUUAAUGUGUACAACCAUUUGUGUAAUAAAAUAAGCUCUUUCAGGUGAAGUACUGUUAUAAUUAGUUAGUGCACUGGGACAAAAUUUUGUGUAGGUUCCAUGUACAGAACCACAGUUAUCAUGAAUCAAAUUGAAUUCAACAAAAAUAGAGAUUGUCUCUUAUCUCUAGAAAUGAGAGAAAGCAAAAGAAGUAUAUUUGUGUAUUGGUGUGUAAUAUUAUUUAAGAACUUUCAGUGUACUUUUCAAGCAGGAUUGUAAAUUUGUCAACUAAAGCAAUCAAUGUUGGGUUAAAUUAAUUGUAAGAGGAUGAUACAUGUAUUAAGCUUAUGCAAAAGCUUAUCAAUGAGUUCCACCCCUCUAUUUUCUUAUAAUUUCUAUAAUGUUAGAGGGCACUCAUCACUAAAAUGUUUAGAACAGCUAAGAAGCUGGUAGUACACGUGUCAUCACAUUUUGCAAUUCAUAACCAGAGAGGUUUGAUUCUCCAUGUAGAUUUGAAAUCAAAUCAGGUGUAUGGGUACACUGUGUUAUGCCUUAAAAUAUUGUUAUACCCUUGUACUCUUUGUAUACCAAAUAUUCUAGAUCUGCUUCUGUAUUGAAGGAUUGAUAAAUCAGAACCUUAA